AUGGAGCCAAGGCCUCCUGCAUUUCUCCUGCUGCUGCUGGUGGUGUUGCUGUGGCUACAGAGCUGUGUCUCAGGUUCCCCCGCCGAGAACGUGUACACAAAAGUAAGACUGCGUGAAGGGGAAACUAUGUCUGUGCAGUGCAACUACACGGGCCGCAGAAACCGUGCGGAGGGCAAGGCUUGGUGCAAAGUCAGGAAGAAGAAGUGUGACCUAGGCUUCCUCCGGAGCGCCAUGAAGGGCCCCCGCUACUCACUUCAUGAUGAUGUCAAAGCCAAGGUGGUCCACAUCACCAUGGAGGCCCUCACAAUCCAGGACUCUGGCCGAUACUGGUGCAUGCGCAACACCUCUGGGAUCCUCUACCCCUUAGUGGGUUUCUUGCUGGAAGUGUCUCCAGCCCUCACAACUGAGAGAAACACUCCUCCCAUGCAACUACCCAACACCACGAGUGGAAUUGUCACAUCGGGCCAAGUCCCCAUUUCAGGCCCUCAUGUCCCUUUCACCUCUGGCAUGACUGUGUUCACAUCUGGACUCCUCACCUUGGCCUCAGGGACCACCAGGUCAACCUCUGUGACACCCUACAGUUCCACUGGUACUGGCGGCACCACCACCGCAGAGCCCAGGAGCACCACAGGGUCCCAGCCAGUGACCAUGUCUCCUAGCAGUGUUGGAACCUUCUCUGCCGAUCCAGUGUCCCCUUCCACCAAAUCCGGGCCCUUGAGCACCAGUUCACCCACCACGGGGAUUUGCCACCAGUUAACCUCCAUCAGGUCCCAGGAGUCUAACCUUACUGCGAUUGUCUUGGUGCUGACCUUCCUUCCUGUACCCAUGGUGUUGGUUGUGGCUUAUGGAGUUUGGAAGAAGAAACACAUGGGAAGCUAUAGCCUAGGCAGAGACACUGCUAGACACUGUUUGUACUCGCCUGAAGGGCCAGAGCCCCCGUGGAAGCCUGCCUGGUCUAAGAUUACUCAGUGAACCAGGAAGAUGCUCCCAAUUGGCCCAGAAGGCCAGAAGAGGACCAAAGACCGGCCCUGGGGCUGGGAGGGACAACCAGAGCUGUUGCCUUCUCACACAGGGCCACUA